AUUAUUAUGAAAUGGGUGAUUGACAUACACAAAUUACAUACCAUAUGAAACGUAACAUAUCAUAAUAAAUGGAAUGUCUCGGAUUUACAUACAGAAUAAUACGAAAUGCUCUGAGACCAGGUUGGUAUAAUCAGAGCAGGAACGGAGCCUGUCUGCACACUCUCAUAGCUUGCUCCCCCGCAGCUCACCAGCUGAUGUAGGCUGUGUGUGCUUGGUGUGGUGCGUCCUUCCCACAGCUGAACAGAAUUGCGCUGUGCGUCUGUGCUGCAAAUAUGAAUUGUGCUUAUCACUGAACAGCUCUCGAUCUCUCCAAAACUCUUGUCCAGUCCUUUUAGUAGUCCGAUUUUUGUCACAGAAAAUGUUUUGCCUCAACUCAUUUUAAUCAACUAAAAUGAACUGAAACAAAUAUAAACAUUUCUGCAGUCUACUGAAAAACAGGUGUUUGACAAAUAUUUUUGUUGCAGUUUUUGUUGACGAAAUUGACCGUGUUGUGCCAUACAAUAUUAUUUAAAAUAACGAUUACAACACACGUUUUUAUAUCACCUCGUGUCUGGUGGCACAUUGCUUCCUCCUGGAGCCACAACACUUCUGUAAUUAUUUGUUGAGAGAAGAAUGGCUUCCCACUUUUGUCCAGGGCUCGAUUUCAUUAUGAAAACUAUGCUCCCUUCCCUCUCCACCUGUUCACGUCUCUUGCAAACCUGACAGGGAUUAGGUGUACUAUAUAUGGUAGCGUACGUGGAGUAAUAUGGUAAUAACUACACCAAAGCUUCUGGAAGGAUAUUUUGCUCCGUAUAUAGUCAACAAGCGCCGAGGGAAGUGGCCUAUGAAGGCUCUAAAGGCCACAGCAGGGACGUCUCAGCCGGUUCUGUCCAGCCAACAGGUCCAGACUGUGUUCUACCAGGUGCCUGAGCUCAGAGACCUGCACAGAGACUUCUACACUGGCCUGAGGGACCGCCUGGAGCACCUGGAGCCACAAGCACACCCAGAGACAGACAAUGGGCCCGGGCCAGGGCUGGGAUUGGAGCAGGGGGAGGAGAAAGAACAAGGCCAAAGCGGCUACCAGCUAAUGGUUGGAGACCUCUUCCUAAAGAUUGUGAGCCAGCUAGGUGUGUAUCGUGGAUUCAUUGAUAACUAUGAGAGUGCUGUUGAGAUUGUGAGGAGGUGUACUCAGACUGACCAGCGCUUCAGGAUACUGGCCGAGAGUAUGAUGUCUCAUAAUGGAUCAGACAGAACUAAAACGAAAUACACCUUUGAGGCUCUCCUGUACAAGCCUCUGGACAGAAUCACCAAGACAACCCUAGUGCUGCAUGACCUGUUGAAACACACUCCCCAGCAGCAUAGUGACCACCCCAGGCUGCAGGAGGCUCUGAGACUGUCCCGGGGCUUCCUGUCUGGGGUCAACGAGGGAUCACAGUGCAAACGAGAGGUCACCCUCAGCAGAGGCAUGCGGCGCCAGCUGAUUCGUGACGGCUUUGUGGUGGAUGUGUGUGAGGGGGGGCGUAACCUUCGCCAUCUCUUCCUGUACACUGACCUGCUGCUGUGCACCAAACUCAUGGGUGGUGCCCAAGGUAAGCAGCCCCAGUACAGGUUCUGUUGGUACCUGCCUCUGGCUGGACUGAAACUCCACUGGGGACCAGAGAUGGAGCUCACCACAGACACACACCACCGCAUACACGCCACGAGAGCCAAGAUGUACCUGCUUAGACACGAGCUGCGACAGACAAUGAAGCCUGUCCCACAGAAGUGCUUGGCAGCUCGUACUAUAGAGCGAAGCAGAUGGAAGAAGAUGGAGCAGCUUGAAAUGAUGAUUCUGACACACUCUCCUCUCCUCCCACUGGAACUACACAGCCCCAGCGGAAAGAGCCACACUCUGGUGAUGUCAUCUCUGUAUGAACUAGAGGAGUGGAGAGAGGCCAUCCACAAACUCACCGGAGAUAACAGAGAAAUGGUUCCUCCAGACCUGCUCACCCUAACCAGCUCCUGUGUCAAACUGAGAAUGACCCAACAGCCUCCCUUUCACAGCAUACUGCCCGGUGAGGAACAGUCUCUAUGUGGGACUCUUAGUGUAGCCGUUCACUCUGCCAGUGGACUACAACAGCCAGCCAGUGUGUAUGUGUGUGUGGAGGUGGAUGGCUUUGAGUUCUAUGAGAGCCAGGCCCAGACCCACUCCUCUGUCAGCAGCCUCAGCCCUCACUGGGACCAGGAGUUCUCCUUCCAGGUGGAUGGGGCUCAGAACCUCAGGGUGCUGUGUGUGUUGCAGACAGAGGAAGGAGAGAGCUGUGAGGACCGAGUCCUUUGCAAGACCUCUAUACAGCUGGACCCAGGCCUCCUACAGAAGCGAUGGAAGAGACAGACCCUCUCUCUAGGCCAGGUGGAGGUGACUGUGUCUCUAAAGUACUGCCCUCACCCUCUAGACCCGCCCUGUCUGACCCCUGCCCAGCAACAGUCCAUCUUCUGCAUGCCCAUUGGAGCUGUGGCACAACAAGAGGGUGUCCUGGUGCCACAUGUGGUGCGUUGCUGUGUGGAGGAGGUGGAGCGGAGAGGACUGGAGGAGGUGGGCAUCUAUAGGCUAUCAGCAGCAACCAGUGACAUCACCAACCUCAAGACUGCUUUCAACACCAGUCUGCGUGAGGCAGUGUCCAGGUUGAGGUGUGUAGAUGUGAAUGCUGUCUCAGGUAUACUGAAGCUCUACUUCAGAGAACUCCCUGAACCUCUCAUACCAACAGAACUGUUCCAGAGCUUCACCAAGGCGUUGGACAUUCCAGACCUGAGCUCCAGGAGUGUGACCAUGUUGUCUCUGCUCCAGUCCUGUCCCUCCGUCAACCAAAACACCUUCCUGUUCCUCCUCCACCACCUCAAAAGAGUGUCAGACAGACAGCAUGUGAACAAGAUGCCUCUGAUGAACCUGGCCACUGUGUUUGGUCCCAGUCUACUGCGCCCCCCUGUGGCUGUUCUGGGACAGUGCAGCCCGACAGUGGACAUCUCUCAGGAGGUGGAAGUGCAGGUCCAGGUUGUGUAUUUCUAUCUGCAGUGUGACAACCUGCCUGAAGCCCAGACAUGCAUAUCACAUGACACAGAGACCACUGAGGAAGAUGAGACCACCAACAUAUGAACCUUAAACUCCUGGAAACAUCACUGUUGGCCAACAGAGACUCAGGAAAAAGAGAGAGAGGGGACAUGUAAUCUAUAGACAUUGUAAAGAUAAAUAAAUAUAUUUAUUUGUAAAGCU